UAAAAAAAACACUGUUUGUGUUGGCGGUGCUUUACAUUAUUGGUUCUCUCACUCCAUUUUUUCACAGCUAGACUCACACACCCAUAUCCACCAUCAUGCCUUAUAGUCAAAUCGACUAGUUUUAUCCCUGGUACUCUUCCACAUGUGAAACCACCACAACCGAAUCUCUGAGGUGGAUUGAGGUGGACCUCGAUGGAUUUUCUGUUUCGGAAAACAUUGCACAAAAGAGUCAGCGGGACGAACUGCCACCAUAACCUCAACCACAGCGACAAUCAGCAGGGCUUCCACUGAGGGCCACGCUUCUCUGCUGCAGUGACCCUCUCCUACAGACACUCUCCCCCUGCUCUGCAACCGGCCCACCGAGGCGCCAACCAUGUCAGACAUUGAAGACAAGACCACCAGCUACAAGACGGUGAUCUUGCUGUUCUUCUGCCUCCUCUUCCUCGUCUUGCUCCUCCUCUUCCUCUACAGGAAGCUCAACAAGCAGACGGACGGCGAGUACACCGUCAGCAACGUGGUGCUGGGGGAGGGGGGGCUCCGGGACCGCGGGAGGGAGCUCCUGCGCGACGCCUGCCUGACCCACCUGGGGGUCCGCCUCUGGGCCGGCCGGGACGACGAGGAGGACCCCGAGUCGGGGGUGGGGCGGGAGGAGUGGGGAGAGGAGGGGGAGGAAGGGGAGGAAGGGGAGGAGCAGGAGGGGGACAGCCGGGGGAGCGCGAGCGACGAGGACGACGACGAAGAGGAGGAGGAGGAGGAGGAGGAGGAGGAGGAGGAGGAGGGGAGGAAAGGAGAUGGCGAAGACGUGCCGGACGGCCGCGCCAAUGUACCGAACGACAAACACCCGGCCUGUGAAAACACCCAACUGAUCGUGGUGGUGGAGCAGACGAGGGGAGGGUGGGAUGGGGAGGAGGAGGAGGUGGUGGAGGAGGUGGAGGAGGUGGAGGAGAAGGCCGGGAGCAAUGAGGAAGAGGAGCAGGGCGCCGGCUUGAUGAUAAACCUCAAGCAGUUCUCCGGGGGGGCCAUGUGGUCGGAGGACGAUAAAGAUGACGGCACCAUCAUCGACCUGACAGUGUUGUAAGACACAAAACAACCAUGGGGGGGGGACGGGGGGGGGGGGCGACAUGUCGAGGUCCUAGACAUGCAGACUUCCCCCAAGCAGCUAUCGAGUGAAGCCAGGGGUUCACGACCUUCUGCCCCCUCCUAUCUCCUCCUCCUACCAAAAACCUCCCCAGAAUGUGCCAAUAUCUCAUAACAUGUUCAUCCAAAAGGCAAAUACAGCUUAGAUGUUUUUGUUAAUAUAAUCAGGGAAGUAUUGGUGCAAUUAAAGGCUGGUAGGUCAACAUGAGCUUUCUGCUUGACGUUUUGAAAAAUAAAAAUUAUUGAGCAAUUUCCUCGUUUAGCCUCAUAGCCGCGGCACCGGGCAGCGUGGUGGCGCCCCUUUGUGGCCCGGAUGCCUCACUUUGCAGCUUGUGUUCAUAUAAGUCCAACGCUUGUUAGUACUUCAGGAAGGUUUAAUAUGACUAUUUACAAUUCGAGUUAUGUAACGCUUUGUAAAUGCAAAUGUGAAUAAAUUACUUUGCUACGGA